AUGGAUCCCAGCAACAACAAGGCUAGCAGCAACAAUAGCUUGAGCCAGUCCUUGAGACACGAGUCGGCACACGGAGCUGUCGUGCACUCGAAGCAUCCUCCGCUUCCACUCAAUGCCCCUCAGCCCGUGGUCCCUGGGGAGUCCACACCCCACCAUCCUCCAGACGAAGGAGGUCCGCACUACUCGUUCCCGGGUGACGCAGUCACGGCCAAUCAAGUUCUGACUGCUGCUCCUCCGGCGAUCCAGGAAGGUUCCGCUACCCGGAAUGUCAAGUCCCGACAAUCGCCUUCACCGCCACACUCUACAGCUCCCGCCACUGACAUUACCGCUACACCAACUUCGAUAGGGACCAAUUCGAACUACAGUGGAGCUGACAACAUCCAUCACGUCCCUGAAGUCAACACGGCGCCCAGCUUUCCACGAGAUCCGGUACCCAACAUCACCGACCCUGCCAACCCAGCUUUGACCCCCUCCAGGACAGAAGAAGUGGGGUACGCAGCGCUACACACCCAAGCUUCCAACGCUAACAGUAGCAACGAAAGUGACCACGGACAACGCUACAACCCCGCCAACUACCCUUUUGCUCUCAAAAUUCUCGUCUCCAACAACGUUGCUGGGUCCAUCAUCGGACGAGCGGGUCAAACAAUCGAUGAGCUCCAAACGCAAUCGCAAACACGGAUUAAACUCUCGCAAGCUGGAGACUACUAUCCUGGUACGCAGGAUCGAGUCUGUCUCAUCCAGGGGAAACCGGAGAACGUCCGGACGGCUCUGCAACUCUUGUUGGCACGCUUGUUCAAGUUGCAGUCCGAUCAACAUGCGCAACAGCUGGCGUGGCAGCUACAGCGACCAAAGGGAGAAACGCCAUCCUUUGACUUCGUCCGAGUGGUGGAAUGA